CGUAGUGGACAAGAUUUAUCAGCCAUAGCCGACGAUUGAUUGAUUCACUCGCCAAGGAGGGAGUUUCAUCACAAUGGCCCGGCUCCGAUCGGCCUCCGCCGUUGCUUUUCUUGCCUUUCUUAUUUUUCGACCGUUGAUGUGCCUAGGGAUUCACUCUUUUUGGGUCGACGGUGGUGCGCCGAUGGGGUCCGAUGGGAUUGAGAGUUUGCUCCAGUUCGCUGAAGCACCUCAGUAUUGUAACGGCGUCGAGUGUUCGGCUAGUUACGGCGGUGACUCAGUCGUUCACGUCGCGAUGACGCUCGACUCAGAGUAUCUCCGGGGGUCAAUGGCAGCAGUGCACUCCGUGCUCCAGCACGCCUCCUGCCCGGAAAACAUCUUCUUCCAUUUCGUCGCGGAGGAGUUCGAUCCGGUUAGUCCUCGGGUCUUGACCCGACUGGUCCAGUCCAUUUUCCCUUCUCUUAACUUCAAGGUUUACAUUUUUCGGGAAGACACUGUGAUUAAUCUCAUCUCUUCCUCGAUCCGACAAGCCCUGGAGAACUCGCUGAAUUACGCCCGGAACUACCUGGGCGAUAUACUUGAUCCGAGCGUGACCCAGGUCAUCUACUCAGACUCCGAUGUUGUCCUCGUAGACGACGUACAGAAGCUUUGGAAUGUUAGGGUUGGGUCACGACUAUGGGGAUAUUAG